AUGGCCGAUAAAUUUGAAAAACUUUCUUCGGGACCGCAUACUCCUUCCGAUGAUAUGAACGAUCCAAUCAAUUCAACACUAGAUUCUUUAACAGCUGCCGAUGAUCUGGAUAACCACGAAGAACUUUACGAAGACGAUCGUAGACGUAAUAGAGUGGAUGACGAGGAAUAUAGAACUCGGCGAAGAGUAACUACUAGUAGAUCUCAAUCACCACAUCGACGUUCCAGAUCUCCUCGACGCUCUAGGUCACCUCGUCGAGAAAGAACACGCUCACCGCGUACACCGCCAGCAAGAGAACCAUAUACAGAUUCGUAUCGUCCAAUACCACGUCAACCUCAUCGUUCUGAAAGGGAACGGGAUAGAAGAGAAAGAAGUCAUUCAAGAGACAGACAUAUUAUUCGUAACGCUAAUUUUAGACCUGAUAGAACUUAUGGUCAAAGGUUAUCAGCAAGAGAGUCGGCAGCUAUAAAUGCUUCUCAGAGAUCACAAAAGGAAUGCCGUGUUUAUGUUGGUAAUUUAGCGUAUGAAGUAAAAUGGGGACAAUUAAAGGAUUUUAUGCGUCAAGCGGGUGAAGUUGUAUUUGCCGACGUAUUAAUGCAACCUAAUGGCAUGUCAAAAGGCUGUGGAGUUGUUGAAUAUCGUACACCUGAAGAAGCUAGACGAGCUAUUCAAACACUUAACGAUACACAUUUACUGGGAAGGCCUGUAUUUAUUAGAGAGGAUCGUGAGUCAGAGGCUAAAUUCGGUACAGGUUUAAAUAUUAGACCUGAAAAAUCUGUUGGAUUUCCCCCUGCUGGAAAUCAUCACCAUCAUCCAAAUAUAUCCAGUAAUGCAGGAAGACAAAUCUAUGUAGGAAAUCUACCGUUCUCUGUAGGAUGGCAGGAAUUAAAGGAUCUAUUUAGAAGUGCAGGAAAUAUAAUUCGAGCAGACAUUCUCGUUGGUCCUGACCGACGACCUAAAGGCUCGGGAACUGUGUUAUUUGAAACACCAGGGGAUGCUUCUAAUGCGAUUUCUAUGUACGAUGGGUACGAAAUGAAUGGUAGAAGGAUUGAAGUCCGUGAGGAUCGUUUUGCUGGAGGACCACCACCACCAAGAUUUUCAGCACGUCCUCCUAGACCUUAUGGAGGCGCUAAUCAUUUUCCUCAUGGUGGAAAUGCGGGAUUUUAUGGUGCACCACCAGCCCCUAAUCCAACAGCAUACCCAGGAGGUUAUCAAUCUAUGGUUCCUGUUCCAGAUCAAUACGAUGGAUAUGGCGGGUAUAAUGAUUUCGGCGCUGCAGGUGCAGGGAUGAUGGAUUAUGCCGGUGGAUUUGGUGGAGGUUACGGUGCGCCAUACCCAGGAGCUGCAGGAUAUGACGGGUCGGCGGGUUUCUACCCUACACCUGGUGCAGCCGGUGGGGCGGCUGGAAAUCAAAUCUUUGUCAGAAAUCUACCGUUUACAACAACAAAUCUCGAUUUAAGAGAACUUUUCAAACACUGCGGAAAUGUAAUUAGGGCCGAGAUUUUAGAACAAAAUGGAAGACCUAAAGGUGCCGGUAUAGUUUCAUUUGAUUCUAAUGAAUCGGCUCGAUUUGCUGUCGAAAAAUUUAGUGGAUACACAUAUGGAGGUCGUAUUAUCGACGUGAAUUUUGAUCGAUAUGCAUAA